GUCGAUAACAGCAGGGGCAUUUUCACCUUCUUCUUUGGAGAUGGUUGUGGGGACAGAUGAAGGAAGCUGUCUCCUUUUUGACUUGCGUUCUUCUCGUCCUGUGCUGCAGUUUAAUCAUAGAAACUUUGCUGCUGUUAAUACACUUGAGUGGCUGCAGCCUGCUGCUGCUGCUGCCUCUGCUGCAACAACAACAACAACAGCAGCAGCAGCAGCAGCAGAGCUAUCGGAUGAUCAUUCUUUUGCUGCUGCAGCAGCAAACAAACGCAUUGCCAGCUGCGAUGGUGUCUCCAUCAAAGUAUGGUCUGCUGCUACCAGCAGCAGCAGCAGCAGCAGCAACAGCAGCAGCAGCAGCAGCAGCAGCAACGCGAAGCUGCUAGCGAGUAUUGAAGCGCCGCUCGUUUGGGAGAACCCCGUAGCUCCGCGUAAUGACAAGGAAGAGCAGCAGCAGCAGCAGCAACAGCAGCAGCAGCAGCAGCAGCAGCAGCAGCGGGUAGUUCGCUUUACCUCCUUUACUGCUUUUCCUAACUCGGGUUUGCUGCUCGCUUCUACAGACCACAAACAAAUGGCAGCAUACUUCGUCCCUUCUAUUGGACUCGCCCCCAAGUGGUGUUCUAUGCUGGACGGUUUGACUGAGGAGUUAGAGGAGCAGCAGCAGCCGGGUUCAGCAGCAGCAGCAGCAGCAGCAUCAUUUGCUUCGCUGCAGUUUGUCUCUGAGCAGCAAAUGCAGCAGCUAAAUGCGCAGCACUUAAUCGGCACGCCACUUGUCUCUAGAUAUCUGCACGGGUAUUUCAUUGCUAGAGAGCUCUACGAGCAGCUUAAGGUAAGCAGCAGCAGCAGCAAAAGCAGCAAAAGCAGCAGCAGCAGCAGAAGCAGCAGCAGCGGAAGCGGCAGCGAGCUGCUGCAGCUCAUACACCAGCUGCCGCUGCAUAUGCAGUUGUAG